AUGGAAACUGAAGAAGUCUUUCGUACAAUUUCAGAAACAAAAUUUCGUGAUGAAUUCUUACAUCUCCAGGAUUUAUGGAAAACACCCGCGAAAACUCAUCAAAAUAUUUUAGUUGGCGACGAUUACAAGAUCGCACCUAAUGUUUCGCAUAUAGAUAAUCUAUAUCAUAUUAUUCAAAUUGCACUUUACGCCUUACUUACUCUCUUUACUGAUUUCACUUUAGCUUUGAAACAUCCACUUUAUUGGUUAUAUAUGAUCUUCGUUUAUCCCAUUAUUCUUGUAGCGUAUUUUAUAUUGGAAAUUUCCUUAUUUUUUCUUAAUACUCUAAAACUUGACGGUAUAAAGCAUACAAUUGACGAUAAAUGGUCUGAAUAUACCUCUCGCGACGACGAAUUAUUUGACAUUGAGUUUUUCAGUGAAAGAGUAAAUAAAGAAAUCGUAGAUGAAGGAGUAGAUGCUUUGAAUAAACCUUAUUAUAAAGAUUUUGAAGACGAUGACUCCGUAGAUCGGACACACAAUUGCAACCUAGACAUAGCCCAAUUAUUGCUUUUUAUGUCCGAUCUUGUUUACAAUCGUGAUGCAAGUAAAGUUUUGAAGGCAAAACAAAAGCUGAACAUGAUAAAAUUUCAACCAGAAAAAUCUGAACAAAUAUUACAGGAAGUUGUUGCUCUCUUAAAUGAAAGUGAAGAACCAAUUAAUGCUAAAAAUAAAAAAUGGAAAUUAAAAUAUACUACUGUAUCUGAACUCAAUUCUUUAGGAGAAUCUUUUGCGGGAAUUUUUUAUUCCGAGAGACAUAAUUUUAUUGUUGUAACUUUCAAGGGUACAACAAUUGACAAUUUUGAAAAAUGGAUGACAGAAAUGCUAUUUCAACGUAUUGAUGGACAAACAUUCUUUAGUGGAAAAUCUUAUAAUGGUUAUCGUAGCAUAUUGUAUCCAAAUGAUUUGCAACCUAGUCCAUAUGCAACAAUAAUUGAAGGAAUUCGAAAUGCAGUUCAACAGAUUCGUAGUUAUAGAGAAAAAAAUUCUUCACGUGAAAAAAAGAGAAAUAUCAACGUUUGGGUAACUGGGCAUUCAUUUGGAGGAGCCAUGGCCACAAUGUUUUAUGCACGUUGCAUUAAUUCACCAAAUGACUUAGGAGAACACUGUGUACUUCGCGAUGCUUAUACCUUUGGAAGUCCCAGUGUUGAAAAUUCGGAAUUUGCUAAAACAUACAUGUCAGCGUUAGAUAAAGGAGACGAGGUUUCAAAUACUUUAUGGCGUAUUGUUAAUGACGAUGAUAUUAUGUGUAAAUUGCCCAUUGGAUUUUAUCAUUCUGGAAGUAUAGGAAAAUAUAAUUCGUUAGAUAAUAUCCAUAUUGGAGAAGCGAUUAGAUUUUAUCAAAACGGCAGUAAACCAACUCUCAUCAAAAAUCCUCUUAUUACUAACGGAGAUAAAAAUCAUUAUCCUAUAAUUAAAAGCUCAAGACCAAACGAAGACGGAGAAAUUAAAAUUCCUGUUGGUGAAUUAGAUAAAAAAUUGCCAACCUUCAUUAGAAAUAAUACGAUCUCUCGUUAUGCUAUUGCAAUGGCAAUAGCUAGAAAUCAUUUACAUGAGAAGAACGUUGGAAAUUCAGGAAGAACAAAAAGUGGAUAUCAAGGGUUAAAGCAAUAA